GCCCCAACCAGCGACGCCAUGAGUGGCCAAACUGGGGCGCUGUAAAGUGACCACCACAAGGCACACCAGCAGGAGGCUGGGCGCUAUGAAGGCCGCCGGCGACUCCGCUGGAAUUAGGUACCACGCAAAUGUACUAAGGUACCUAGGUAGGUAGAUGCUUCGUACAACGCUGUAAAUAAGCGCGGGGCAGCCAGGGGACCGCCGCCGUCGACGCCGCCCAUUAUUAUCUUCACCGUCACACUCCGCUUCGCUUUCGUCUCCCCCAUCCGCUCCUCUCACCUCCCCGUCUCCCGUCCCUUGUCUUUGCCCCCCACAAAUCGACCGGGCACCUCUGUCCCUGUCGUCCCGACUUUUCUUGCGUCGCCCUCCCGUCGCUCUCCUCUCCUCGAUUGCCCCAACGUGGCCACAUUUCGCACCCUCAUCUAAGCCGCCGCCAUGGAUCUGGACCCCAAGUACGACGACUACGACUUCCCGUACACCGCGGCGGAGAAGCAGGAUGGCCACCCAGGCUUCCUCACGGAGCAACAAAUCGCCCAGGUGCAUCAGUUGCGGAUGAUGCUCGAGGCUGAGGGCUACACGGAGCGGCUGGACACGUUGACCAUGCUCCGGUUCCUGCGGGCGCGCAAGUUUGACGUCGCCUUGUCCAAGCAGAUGUUCGUCGACUGCGAGAAGUGGCGAGCCGAGACCAAGCUGGACGAGACGGUGCCGGACUGGGACUACCCCGAGAAGGCUGAGCUCGCCAAGUACUACAAGCAAUUCUACCACAAAACGGACAAGGACGGCCGCCCCAUCUACAUCGAGACGCUUGGUGGCAUUGACCUGACGGCCAUGUACAAGAUCACAUCGGCUGAACGCAUGCUGACCAACCUCGCUGUCGAGUAUGAACGUGUGGCGGACCCGCGCCUGCCCGCAUGCUCGCGCAAGGCCGACAAGCUGCUCGAGACGUGCUGCACCAUCAUGGACUUGAAGGGCGUGACCCUGACCAAGGUGCCGUCGGUCUACUCGUACGUGCGCCAGGCCUCGGUCAUCUCGCAGAACUACUACCCGGAACGCCUGGGCAAGCUGUACCUGAUCAACGCGCCUUGGGGCUUCUCGACCGUCUGGAGCGUCGUCAAAGGCUGGCUCGACCCCGUCACCGUGGCCAAGAUCAACAUCCUCGGCUCCGGCUAUCAGUCCGAGCUGCUCAAGCAGGUGCCUGCCGAGAACCUACCCAAGGAGUUUGGUGGCACCUGCCAAUGCGAGAGCGGCUGCGAGAACAGCGACGCCGGGCCAUGGCAUGACCCUCAGUGGGCCAAGCCCGCUAAGUGGGAGAGGAAGAAGGACGACGGCAAGACCAUCGAGAACACGGGCUCCGAGAUCGAGAAGCCCGCUCCUGGCGCUGCUGACGCCGUCCCCACCGUGGAGGCCGGCGACAAGCAGACGGCUACCGCCUAGGUUCGCAUCGAUCGUAGUUCGGGUCAGGGCGUGCAGGGCAUACAUUCGAAAAGGGGACCAGGUGGUUAGAGGCGCGUAUGGAGUAGAGGGAGAAUGAAUAUACGUUGCGGAAUCGGCCGGCGAUGGCUCUCGCGCAGUCUGCCGACAGUUCUGGUGCGUAGGGUCUAACGUCUGCCAUUGCCACAUUCCACUGUGUAAUAGAUGUACUCGCGAAGAGACCGCAAUCUAUGGCUCAAAUGAAUUCGAUUGGAUAUCUCGUCCUUUGUUACGCCUAAACGCCCAAGUGCUUGCAGUGUCCCGUAUCCCUGCGCUAUUUCUGUCCAUCAUCUACCGUCCGUGACGACGUACUUGCCAGCGACCCUCGCUCGCUCCAUCUUGGCC